GAAAAUUCCUUUCCUGGUCAUGUGUUUAAGGCCUGAGAAGAACAGUGACGGGAGAGGAGUGAUGCUUAGUCCUCCCCAGCCUCCACCACAUCCGGAUGAUGCUACCUCCUCUCCUCUUGCUCCUAAUGAUGCAACAAUCUGGUAAGAAUUCGCCUUUCAUCAGUGCAAGGCGGAUCCUGAAAUAAAUCCACUUCCAUUGGUGUUGAUGAUGCACGGAUUUGAUCAAGACUUAUCGGAUUUAACCAUAUUACCCACUCCUCCCCCCCCCAACCCCCCUCCAUCCUGCUGAAGAUGCAGGAAUGUGGUCUGAACUUGCUUAAGGAGAGAAGAUGUGGCGGUGUCAGAGCCGGUAUUUGAGGACCAUAUAUUGGUGUCUUAACAGAAAAUAUGAAGUGAUGAGAAAGUGUAAAAAGAGAAGUCGUUCCUCUUCCUGAGAAUUCUCAUAAAUUCUCAUAAAUACACUAAUAAUGACAAGAAAAGUAGACAAUAAAAAUACUCAAGCUAGAAAUGGAGCAACAAAUACAAAAAAUAUCCAUAUGUGAAGGGGAAAAAUGGAAGAUAAUAUGCAGCAAAACCAAAUAUGACAUAUUUGUUAAAAACAAUAACUUUAAAAUUAAAAUUUAAGUGAAGACGGCCAAUAAACAGUUGAUUAACGCGAGGAGUGAUAGAAAAACGCCGGGGAGAAGGGGGAUCGAUCGAGGCCAGCAUGGAGAGUGAGAGCUGGUCGCUACUACUGUGUGUGGUCGUUCUUAUCUUAGGGAAUAUGGUGGGGCAGGCAGGGGCGGGCACAGGGCUAUACAUGGGUCCUUAUUUCCCCAGCCCUCAGCCACUGAACAUCACCGUACACCAGGACACCGUAGCCUACCUUCCCUGCACCGUCAAUCAGCUUGGAGACAAGUCGGUGUCUUGGGUGAGGCAGAGGGACGCGGAUAUACUAACAGUGGACCGCUACACCUUCGUCAGGGACGACCGGUUGACCGUACACUUCACCCCUGAUACAGGCACCUGGACGCUGGUCAUCAAGUACGUCCAGGAGCGCGACGCUGGCACCUAUGAGUGCCAGAUCUCCACCGAGCCAAAGAUGUCAAUGCUGGUCCAUCUUAACGUCAUUG